AUGGAUGACCUGUUGAGACUGAGGGAUACUCUGUUCCAGAACUACACCAUGUACUUCCGGCCUGUAUAUAACCUUAGUGACCCAAUACACGUCACAUUUGAUAUGUACCUGAUCUCUAUUUUAGAUCUAGACGAAGUCACCGGAACAAUCACCUUGAACUGUGUUGUCAAAAUAUCAUGGUCAGACUAUCGUCUUUCCUGGAACCCAAGCAACUUUGGCGAUAUCACCUCUUUCGUAUUUAACGCAUCCAACGUGUGGAAACCUCGAAUUUACAUUGCAACAUCAUCUGAGGAUUUGUCGGAUUUCUCUUACGAUGCUUACGACGUAAGGGUGUACUCUAAUGGCUCAGUAACAUCUUCACCAAGUCGACAUGUAAAGGCUAGCUGCAGUUUCGAUAUGACAAACUUUCCUAAAGAUUCACAAACGUGUAGUUUGCAGAUUGCCUCUUGGGCGUUUUUAGCUUCUGAGAUGUUAUUCUUAAUAGCACGUUCAGAAAUUGGAAUGACUAGCUAUAAACCUAACGGUGAGUGGGACAUCGACUGGACAUCGGUCACAGACAACACUUACGUCGUUCCUAUGCUAGAUUUUUCUAUGCACCUGACAAGGCGUUCUGCAUACUUCACCGUAUCCCUGAUUAUUCCAGUGCUUCUUCUGUGUUUCCUCAACCCGUUUGUGUUCCUCUUGCCCGCCUCCUCAGGAGAGCGGAUUUCCUACACAAUCACCAUGUUCCUGUCGUUGGCUGUAUAUAUGACGCUCAUCGGAGAAAACAUACCGAAGGUUUCCGAUCCUAUGGCAGGGAUUUCCUAUUUCCUCCUCUUGGUGAUGUUUUACAGUUGCCUGCUGAUCUUAUUGACGAUAUUCACCCUGCGCUGUGAGGCUGUGACCGAUAUCCGCAUGUUCCCUGGGUGGUUUUUACGGAUUGUGUUCCGUCUAGGAUUUCACAAAUCAGUCAUCAAUACAAACAAAGUUGACGCCGCUCAUACAGUCAUAAAUGCUCAGCUGAUCCACUUCUACAGAUAUCUACCUACGACGGAAGAUGACCUUGACGAGGUGACCGGAACAAUCACCCUUAACUGUGGUAUCGCAUUGUUUUGGACUGAUUACCGCCUUGCCUGGGACGCCAGCGAAUUCGGUAUCACCUCUAUCGUGUUUAACUCGUCAAAUGUGUGGAAACCUCGAAUUUACAUUACAACAUCCUCUGACGAUUUGUCGGAUAUAUCCUAUGAUGCUGUCGACGUAAGGGUGAAUUCUAACGGCACGGUAUUUGCGUCACCAGGUCGACAUGUAAAGGCUAGUUGCAGCUUCGACAUGACCAGGUUUCCGACUGAUUCACAAACGUGUGUCAUGCAGAUUGCUUCAUGGAUGUUCGCAGCUUCUGAGAUGGUGUUCAUCAUAGCACGACCACAAAUGAACAUGGUUUACUAUAAACCAAAUGGGGAGUGGGAUAUUGACUGGACGUCAGUCACAAACAACACUGUUUUCGGAUCUUACUUUUCUAUUUUAGACUUUUCUAUACAUUUGACAAGACGUUCUACAUACUUUACUAUAUCGAUGACUUUACCAGUGCUACUUCUUUGCUUUCUCAACCCAUUCGUGUUCCUCUUGCCCGCCUCCUCAGGAGAGCGGAUUUCCUACACAAUCACCAUGUUCCUGUCGUUGGCCGUAUUUAUGACGCUUAUUGGAGAAAACAUGCCAAAGGCUUCAGAUCCAAUGGCAGGGAUUUCCUAUUUCCUCCUCGUGGCUCAGAUAUACAGUUGUCAGCUGGUCGUGUUGACGAUAUUCACCAUGCGCUGUGAGGCUGUGACCGAUAUACGCAUAUUCCCUGGAUGGUUGUUGCGGUUAGACUCUCGAAAUUCAUUUCACAAAUAA